GAGAGAGAGCGAGUGAGAAAAAGGGGAGGGAGAAUAGUAUCGCACAAGAUCGAGUUGAUUCGUGUCUGAGUCGGUACGACGGGCAAAUGCCAGUCUGGGGAGAGGGAAAGGCAUAAUGCAGCUUUAAUUUAAUGCUGGAGGGAGGAGGGAGGCGGAGGGGUGGGGGAAGGGGGAAAAAGUACAUUAGCAGCCGUGCCCCCUUUAAGUUGCUAGUGUAAACUCGAAUGAGGUCAGUCACGCCGCUUCUCAUUGCACGCGCCGCGGGGCCGGCCGCCAAUCCGGUGGCGCGUGGGCGGAGCGGGGCCGUGGAAGCGUUGGAAACAGACGCGGUCUGGGCGAAAGGCGCCCGCCGAUUGGCUGGAACGUGGACACCUUUAACUCGACGUCACAAUGGCUGGGACUGGAUAAGAAGGCGAAUCGAGUUCGGGUCUGGUUUAAGCAGCAGACACAAGUUUUUUAUAUAACACAGUCUUCCCGCAUGGUCAGAGGGGGAAGGUUGUGCCAAAGUAUAUACACAUUUUAUUACAAGAAACCAGGUUCUUUUCUGCGAACGCGAGGAGCAGCUUGUAAAGCACAGCGGCUUUUGCAAUUAACAGAGAAAAGUGCAAGCUAGCCAAACUGCUACAGUAUAAAAGCCUUUUUCCCUCAGUGCCCAUAGAGCAACAAUAUAUUUUAGAAAGAAAUCAUGGUGCAGCAAACGAACAACGCAGAGAACACGGAAGCAGUGCUUGCCGGAGAGUCCACCGACUCCGGCGCUUCCGAUCUGGGCAUAGCUUGCUCACCAGCGGCGGACUCCGUGGCAUCGGAUGGAGAGAAAACGGACGAGCCAAACUGGUGCAAGACCGCCAGUGGGCACAUCAAAAGACCCAUGAACGCGUUUAUGGUGUGGUCGCAGAUCGAGAGGAGGAAAAUCAUGGAACAGUCCCCGGACAUGCACAACGCGGAGAUCUCGAAGCGCCUGGGGAAGCGCUGGAAGUUACUGAAAGACAGUGAUAAGAUCCCCUUUAUCCGUGAAGCCGAAAGAUUGCGCCUGAAACACAUGGCGGACUAUCCCGAUUAUAAAUACAGGCCGAGAAAGAAGGCAAAAAGUGCAAGCAGCAAACCGGGAGAGAAAAGCGAGAAAAUCAACACUAAACCCUCGGCUAAAAAGAACAGUAGCAGCAAUAGUAGCAUUAGCAAGUCCAGCAAAACGCACAAGAUCAUCUUGGGUUCGCUCACCAAGACUCCGACCAUUCACCAGCAUCCGCAGUCAGGCACCACUACUUCAAACACAAACACUAGCAGCCAACACUCGAUUUACAAAGCGCGGACGAGCCCCGCUUCCAAGCACCUUGUAGAUAAGAAACUGAAAGAGAGGCGGUCGUUCGGGGGCCAGGGCAGUACCUCUUCAGCCGCCGUGCCAGCCAGCCCGACCCUCAGUUGUUCAGCCGAGCCCAACGACCCGGUCAGUUUCUAUGAAGAUCUGGCGGGUGGGACAGGGGUGCGGGUCCCCGAUUCGCCAGUAAGUCAGCGCAAACACCCAGGCAAUUUAAGGUCGAUUUCACCGGCGCCCUCCACGACCCACUCCUGUUCCUCUUCGUCUCUGGCCUCGUCUUCCGACGAAGAGUUCGAGGACGACCUUAUGGACCUUAGUUCAAGCCCCACUUUCGAGAGCAUGACACUGGGCAACUUGAGUUCGUCUCUGGACAGAGAUUUGGAGUUUAAUUUUGAGCAGGAAUCGGCGUCUCACUUUGAGUUCCCAGAUUACUGCACGCCAGAGCAUCCCGAGGUCUGGGCCUCCCAGCACCGGUUGCCCCUCGUGCUCUCUGGUGCGGGAACGCUGGGGUAUGGCAGCUGCCGCACCCUGCUUAUGAAACCAUUGUUGCUGCUGUCAGACGAAGCUGGCAUGAUGAUGAAUGACUUUCGGUGUCCCACGCCAAAAUGGUUCCAGCACCCACCCCGCAGAAGUGAAAUGGCUCUUUCAAGUCCUGAUACAGGGUCACGUCCGGAAAAGUCGUAUUUAUCUCCUCAGAUACUGCCUGACAUCUUUGGCUACAAGUCCACCAGGCAGUGGUCAGCACGGAACAUCCCCCAGGUACCUGCAAGAGAAGUUCUCGAUGUUGGGUCGAGUCUAAAGAAGUGA